CCACUCGUCAGCAGCCGCCGAGUCGCCUCGCCGCCGGUUAAAACUCCACCACCAAUCAUCCCUGGUCCCGCGCCGCCGCUCCGCUCCGCCGCCCACUCCACUUCUCUUUCUUCUACCACGCCUCACCUCUCUUCGCUGGAUCUGGUCUCAGCCACAAAGAUCCACCCGCUCGCUUUUUUCAUGGAUCGCCCCUCACCAACCGCGCCGCCCCCGUCCUACUGGUGCUACAGCUGCGAGCGCUUCGUCUGGGCCGCCGCCGACGGGAACUCCGGUGUCGUCUGUCCCGCCUGCCACGGCGGAUUCCUCGAGGAGAUGGACGCCCCGCCGCCGCCGCCGCGCAGGGCCCCCGCCUACCUCCGCCGCCGCAACGCCGAUCCGGUCUCCGCCGCCGCUGUCCCACUCCACCGAAGCCGCCGCGGACCACCAUCCGGGGACCGCGCGUCGCCGUACAACCCGGUCAUCGUGCUCCGCCGCUCCGCGGCCUCCCCUCCACCCGCUGACGACGCCGCCGGCGCCGCCGCCACCAGCACCUUCGAGCUCUUCUACGACGACGGCGCGGGCUCCGGGCUGCGCCCGCUGCCCGACAGCAUGUCCGACUUCCUCAUGGGCUCCGGCUUCGAGCGCCUCCUGGACCAGCUCGCCCAGAUCGAGGCCGGAGGGCUCGGCGCCGUACGCCCCUACGACAACCCGCCGGCCUCCAAGGCCGCCGUGGAGUCCAUGCCCACCGUCGUCGUAGCUGCGCGCCACGUCGGGGCCGACUCCCACGACUGCGCCGUCUGCAAGGACGCCUUCGAGCUGGGCGCCCAGGCCAGGGAGAUGCCCUGCGGCCACAUGUACCACCACGACUGCAUCCUGCCCUGGCUCGCGCUGCGCAACUCCUGCCCUGUCUGCCGCCAUGAGCUGCCCACGGAACUCGCGCCCAGCGAAUCGGACCAGGGCAGCAACACGGGGGCGGAGGCUGGCAGCGAAGAGGAGACCACCGUGGGGCUCACCAUCUGGCGGCUCCCCGGUGGAGGCUUUGCUGUGGGGAGGUUCGCCGGCGGGAGGAGGGCUGGCGACAGGGAACUCCCGGUUGUGUACACUGAGGUGGAUGGUGGAUUCAACAAUGGCGGCGCUGCACCCAGGAGGAUCUCAUGGUCAUCCAGAGGGAACCGUUCCUCCUCCCAGAGGGGGAUCAUAAGACGUGUGUUUCACAGCAUGUUUGCGUGCUUUGGGCAUGCCCAUUCCACCAGUGCUCGAGCCUCGUCCUCGAGGUCCGAGUGGAGCUCCGUUUUCACCCGUGGGUUGAGGAGCCGCAGCACAAGCUGGACAUCGCAAGAUGCAAUCGCCAGGUGAUGAUCACUGCAUCCUUCGGGCAUUAGGUGUCAGCCAGUCACACUGUUGCUGCUCUUCGCUUUCGUUUCAUCUUCUAUCUAUAUUAUACAUAUAUGAAUCAAGAGAGGAAGGAUAAAGGUUAUUAUUUGUUAGAGCACCAAUUGGUGUCUUGUACAUACACCACAACUAGAGAUGUUGCAAUGGAAAAUGUCCUUGACUUUGCUUGCACCUUCUACAUUA